AUGGACCCCAGCCUCCCACCUCUCCUCCUCCCUGGCCAGAGCCCCAAAUGCUCCCUCCUCGUCCUACAGCAGGACUUCGCCGACACCGUCGGCGCCCCGCCGGCCACUGCCAACUACGCCCCACCACCCGACUGCCCAGCCCCCUGGUCCCGCGUCGUCCUCGAGCUCUCUGCCUCGGCGUCCGACCUCCAGAAGGACCGCAUCGCCGCCAUCUGGGUUGAUGGCGCCGAGAUCCUCCGCACCACCACCCCCUUCCCCAUGUCUCCCGGCGUCUUCUGGCGCGUCCGCAAGGACGUCACCCGCUACACCGCCCUCCUCCGCCGCACGUCCGCCGACGGCACCGGUGGCGGCAUUAUCUCGAUGAUGCUCGAGAACUCCAACGCCACCUACCCUGGCGUCUACUCCGUCAACGUCUCCCUCCACUUCUACCGCGGCGCGCUCUGCGACUCCGCUGCCACCCGGCCCGCCGAUGAGAUCAAAGAAGCCAAACUCGAAUCUGUCCUCGCCGCCCACCCGACCAUUAAAGGAAUCUACCGCAAGCCAGCCGACCUCAUCAUCCCGAUAUCCAAGUGCGACGGCCGGUCCGGCUUCUGGUUCCCGGUUCAGAACGAGACCGACAUCCAGUCCGCCACCGUUGUAGUGCCAAACAAUACGUACCGGGCCGUCCUCGAGGUCUACGUGUCUCACCACGGCGACGACGAGUACUGGUACGCGAACCCGCUCCGUUCCAACGGGCCACAGCGGGCGCGGGACGGGCUCGAGUCCUCCAAGGCCAACGGCGGGUUCCGCCAGGUGGUGGCGACCAUAGACGGGCGCUACGCAGGCUCGGCCGUGCCGUUCCCGGUCAUCUACCCGGGUUCGGUCAACCCCUUCUUUUGGGCCCCCGUGGCGGCCAUCGGCGCCUACGACCACCCCUCCUACGACCUCGACCUCACACCCUUCGUCGGCCAGCUCAUCGACGGCAAACCCCACAAGUUCGGCCUCACCGUCCGCGACAGCCAACCCUACUGGCUCGUCUCCGCUAACCUCCACCUCUGGCUCGACGCCUGGUCCGACUCGGUCGAGGGAGCUCUCGUCCGGUACAAAGUCCCGCCGCUCCGGCUAAGCCGGCAGGCCGACUGGAAGGAGACCGAAGGCAAAUCGGAGAUCGAAGGGCAGGUCAUCAUUCGAUUCUCCGGCUGGGUGAGCUCGUCCAAAGGCAAUAUCACCACCAGUGUGAGGCACAAAAUUAAGUUCAAGAGCCACAUAGAAGCGGAGGAGAAGGGGGAGGUGACGAAUGUGGAGAUGGAGAACAAGGCGAGAACUAACAUAAGGAUCGAGAGGGACGACGUAGUGAUCGGCCGAGUGCUGGUGGACACGGAGGCGCCAUUUAACAUGAUGACCAUGAGCUCGAACGGCGGCGGGGGGUCGAGGUUCCACAAGACCAAGCUGCACCACAUGCUCGAGGAGACGAGGAGCGUGGCGGAGAACAAGAUGGCCAGCUUCAGCACCAUUGCGGACCGGCAGGAAUCGGAGGGAUCGGUGUUGAUGCAGGAGGGGGUGGCCAUGUGGGGGAGUGGCGACACCAAGUCGACCUACAAGUUCAGGGAUGACAAGGCUUGUUAUCUGAGGACGGUGAAUAUGGUCGGGGGGAAGGUGAAGGAGGACGAGGAGACGGCGUCGUGCGGGGCCGUCGUUGCUUGGUAG